AUGGCUGAGCGUCGUGUCUCCAAAGAAAUCCAAGACUUUUGCAACCUUCUUGUAGGAACCUGGAAAUUGAAUCAGCGCGUUUUUGGCUUUGAGAAAAACUUUCCCGAGAAGAAUGCAAAGAACUUAGUGAUAGAUAUUGCGAGCGAUGAUGUGCUAACAAACGAAUGUCACAGAUUUUAUCGUUGGACUACAACAAACGACGUCGAGAUGCCCGAGAAGAACGUAACAUACCCGACGAUGGUAAUGGAAGUGUACGCGAGGAGCGAAGCCGAGGAGUAUGACUUCGCCUUCCAUUCAGAUGAUUUCAUAGAAAAUGGCUCGGGGUCAAUCACCGGAAAGUGGAUGAAAAUCCUUCUCGACUACAACAGAAAGGACGAGCACACCACAAAGAUCCUCCACUACAAGCUUGAAGACAAAAACACCAUCCUCUACACGGGCCUUUGUAUUGACAAUAGUGCACGCAACUCCAUCAUCGAGCAAGGUGUGAUGCAUCGUAUAUAUCUCAACGAGAACAUUGAGCUUCUCAAGACGAAAUAA